AUGAUGAAUCCGGGUCACGGAAGAGGACCCGAUUCGGGUGUUGUUGGUGGUGGGUCGAACUCCGACCCGUUUCCGGCGGGUCUCCGAGUUCUCGUCGUCGACGAUGACCCAACUUGUCUCAUGAUCUUAGAGAGGAUGCUCAGGACUUGUCUCUACAGAGUAACGAAGUGUAACAGAGCAGAGAUCGCAUUGUCUCUGCUUCGGAAGAACAAGAACGGUUUUGAUAUAGUCAUCAGCGAUGUCCACAUGCCUGACAUGGAUGGCUUCAAGCUCCUCGAACACGUUGGUCUAGAGAUGGAUCUACCUGUUAUCAUGAUGUCUGCGGAUGAUUCAAAGAGCGUUGUGUUGAAAGGAGUGACUCACGGUGCGGUCGAUUACCUAAUCAAACCGGUUCGCAUCGAGGCACUGAAGAACAUUUGGCAGCAUGUUGUGCGGAAGAAGCGUAACGACAGGAAUGUCUCUGAACAAUCCGGUGGAAGUAUUGAAGAGACGACUGGUGGCGGUGGUGGAGAGAGAGAGAGACAGCAACACCAACAGCAGGAGAGGGAUGAUGAUGAUGCUGAUAACAACUCGUCUUCGGCUAACGAAGGCACAUGGAAGAGCUCGAGGAAGCGGAAAGAAGAGGAAGUAGACGAACAGGGCGAUGAUAAAGAAGACUCGUCGAGCUUGAAGAAGCCACGCGUGGUUUGGUCUGUUGAGUUGCAUCAACAGUUCGUCGCUGCUGUGAAUCAUCUCGGCGUUGACAAAGCGGUUCCUAAGAAGAUCUUGGAGAUGAUGAAUGUGCCUGGACUAACCCGAGAAAACGUAGCCAGUCACCUCCAGAAGUACAGGAUCUAUCUGAGACGGCUUGGAGGAGUAUCGCAGCACCAAGGGAACAUGAACCAUUCGUUUAUGACCGGUCAAGAUCCGAGUUUCGUUCCUUUGAGCGGGUUUGACCAUCUUCAAGCUCUAGCUGCUGCGAGUCACCUCCCUGCUCAGAGCCUUGCACAGCUUCAAGCAACCGGCCUUGGCCGUCCUUCACUCACUAAACCGGUGAUGUCGCCACUCGUAGACCAGAGAAGCGUCUUCAGCUUCGAGAACCCGAAGAUGAGAUUCGGAGAUGGACACGUCGGCGGUAAUAAGCAGACGAGUCUGCUUCACGGUGUUCCAACGGCUAUGGAACCGAAACAGUUUGCAGGUAGUAGUAGCAGAAUGCUGAUGCCACCAUCAAUGUUACCGUCUCUCGGGCAACAGCAGCAGCAGAUGUUGUCAAGCAGCAGCAGAGUGGUGUUACCAGCAACGCACUCGGUCUUCAACAACUUCCCUUCAGAGCUACAGAGAAACAGCUUCCCGUUGGCGAGUGCACCGACUUGUUACCAAGAAGAAGUCAACAGCUCGGAUGCGAGAGGGUUUGCUAAUAACCCUAGCUACGACGUUUUCAACGACUUUCCGCAGCAGCAGCAACAUCACAACAACGACAACAACAAGAUGAACGAUUGGGAUCUGCGGAAUAUCGGUUUGGCCUUCAAUUCUCAUCAGGAAAACACAGCAGCUUUUUCCGCUUCGGAAGCGUACUCUUCUUCGCAGAGGAAAAGGCGUGAUACAGACGUAACAUUCGUGGCCGAGCAUUCUCAGAAUCAGAACCAGCCGCCACAGAACCGGAGUCUACAUCAGAUGAACCAGAUUUACAUGGGUGGUGGUGGUCCGGUUAGGGUGAAGACAGAGGCAGUGACUUGUCCUCCGCCAACAACAACACUGUUUCACGAGCAGUAUCAUCAAGAAGAUCUCAUGAGCGCUCUUCUCAAGCAGGAAGGCAUUCCAAACGAGUUCGAUUUUGACGGAUACUCCAUCGAUAAUAUUCCGGUCUGA